CGUCCCACCCGCACGGUCGGUCACCGUCAUCCCAUUCCCAUACCCCACGCGCACUCCCCGCCACCCCCACUUCCUCCCCUGUCCUCCUCUUCUACCUCUCUCUCCCCACGGACUACAUCCAGCCGGCCAGCCUCUCUCUCUCUCUCUCUCUCCUUCGGUUGAGCGGCGACAGAUCCCUGCCGGCCUGAGUGCGCGGAUGGCGUCGACGACGGCGUACGCGCGGCCGUCCAAGCUGCCGGGCGCGGGCCCGGGGGAGCGGAGGCCGGCGCCGCCGCGGCUCAUCCGGGCCUUCCUCGCCUCCGGCGCCAAGAUCGAGCCCCGGAAGCUCGCCGCCGGCCUGCUCGCCGGCUGCUGCCUCGCGCUCCUCACCUACGUCUCCCUCGCCAAGCUCUACGCCGUCUACUCCCCGGUCUUCGCCACCACCUCGGCCCUGCUCCAGAACGCCCCGCCGUCGUCCUCCUCGUCGGCGCCCGAAGAACCCGCAUUUACUGGCGGCAGGAACGGCAGCGCCGUGGAUCGCGUCGAUCUGACGGAGAAGGGCCCGGCGACUGCCGGCUCUCGAGAGCCCGGGGUGCCGGAGGCGGUCUCCAGAAAGGAGCACGCCGAGAAGGCGCCGGCGCCGGCCAACACCUCGGCACCAAUGCCAUCUCAGGGAGAAAGGAAGAGCAACAGCAGCAGCAAUGUCGCCGCCGGUCCGAUGAGCUGCGACGAAAAUGGCGUGGACGAGGGGUUCCCCUACGCGCGGCCGGCGGUCUGCAAGCUGUCUGGCGACAUCCGCGUCAGCCCCAGCCAGAAGACAAUGUACCUCGUCAACCCGUCCGGCGGCGGCGGCUUCGACGAGAAGGGCGAGAAGCGGCUCCGGCCCUACGCCCGGAACGACAACUUCCUCCUGCCCGCCGUGGUGGAGGUGACUGUCAAGUCUGUCGCCUCCCCUGAGGCCGCGCCACAGUGCACGAAGCAGCAUCGCGUCCCCGCGGUGGUGUUCUCCGUCGCCGGGUACACGGACAACUUCUUCCACGACAACACGGACGUGCUGAUCCCCUUGUUCCUCACCACGGCGCACCUGAAAGGCGAGGUGCAGCUGCUGAUCACCAACUACAAGCCAUGGUGGGUGCAAAAGUACACGCCGGUGCUGCGCAGGCUCUCCAACUACGACGUGAUCAACUUCGACGACGACGCCGACGUGCACUGCUUCUCCCGCGGGUACCUCGGCAUGUACCGCGACCGCGACCUCAUCAUCGCCCCUCACCCGACGCGCAACCCGCGCAACUACACCAUGCUGGACUACACCCGCUUCCUCCGAGCCGCGUACGGGCUCCGCCGCGACCAGCCGGCGGUGCUCGGGGCGGAGCCCGGGAUGCAGCCGCGGAUGCUGAUCAUCUCGCGCGGCGGCACGCGCAAGCUGCUGAACCAGGACGAGGUGGCCGCCGCGGCAUCGGAGAUCGGGUUCAACGUGACCGUGGCGGAGGCUGGCGACGACGUGCCGGCGUUCGCGGCCCUGGUGAACUCCGCCGACGUGCUUCUGGCCGUGCACGGCGCCGGGCUGACCAACCAGAUCUUCCUGCCGACGAACGGGGUGGUGCUGCAGAUCGUGCCGUGGGGGAACAUGGACUGGAUGGCGACCAACUUCUACGGGCAGCCGGCGCGGGACAUGCAGCUCCGGUACGUGGAGUACUACAUCGACGAGGAGGAGACGAGCCUCAAGGACAAGUACCCAAGGGAUCACAUGGUGUUCAAGGACCCCAAGGCCCUCCACAAGCAGGGGUGGCAGGCGCUCGCCGACACCAUCAUGAAGCAGGACGUCAAGGUGAACAUCACCAGGUUCCAGCCCUUCUUGCUCCAGGCCAUGGACGAACUUCAGGAGUAGCAGCAUCGUCUCCCCAGCCAGCCAGGACUAGUUGCUACUACUACUGCUGCUGGAAAGGGUGAUGAUUUGAAUCUGAUCAAAAGUGGAGGCUUCAAAAUAGACGGUUGUUUCUGUCAUGUUGAGGAUUCAAGGAACCUGCCCUAGUGGGAUCGUCUUGUUGUACAAUUGUCCUUGCUUCUGUAAAAUGGAAGGAUCAUCUAUGCUUUCUCCAACACCCGGGAAAAAGCCGCUACUUUGUUGCUAGUGUCCUUGUCUCUAUGAAAGAGUAGGAGCAUCAUGUUUGGGAUGUGCGUAGUCAAUUUUGAGAAUCAAUGUUGUGUCCAAGGUGGUGAAUUUUGGCUGAAAUUUGCAGUGGAAGGAAAGAACCAGUGGAAUUGGUGAAAUCUGCACACUGGAACCAAUUGCGAAUGUGGCGAGAAUGAUGAUGGUUGCUGGUGGCCUGGAUUGCUGUGCCUUUUGUUUAUCCUCUAUGGUUAUUUUCAUGUGAGGCUUAACCUUAUCUGUUGUUGUUCAACUCUGUGGCUGUUUAAUAUGAACAAGGUCUUCUUCUCAAAGGGCUUAAUGGCUUGUUAUAUA